AUCGUCCCCCGUAAACCACACGCUAUUCCCGUCCCCAAUCUGGCGCGGGGUUUCAAAAUCCCGUAUUCUCUGAACUGCGGGGCCGUCGACUGCGAAGUCGCUGCAAAUGACUCGGCGAUUUUUCUGUCUUAGUCCAUGGAGAACGAACAGUGGAUGAUAUCCUAGGGAACUUCUGCCCCUUCACUGUCAGAGAGAACAAUGUAUCGACUAUCAGAGAUACAAGCGCACCGCCGCGAGGGCGAUUGCUGGAUUGCAAUCCAUGGGGCCGUGUACGAUAUUACAACCUUCCUGCCCGCGCACCCCGGCGGCAAAGCCAUCCUCCUCAAGCACGCGGGCUCCGAUGCAACGGCCGCCUUCGACGCCGUCCACCCUAUAGAGCUACUAGAUGAGUAUCUCAGCGCCGAGCAAUGUCUGGGGAAACUGGAAGAUGAUACUCAAGGUACCGCCCUGAAGACAAACAUUCACCGACAGGCCGCAAAGGAGGUGGAUAGUGACCCGCCUCCAGUCCGUCACAAUGCUAUUCUCAGCCUCGCUGAAGUGGAAUCCCUCGCCCUGAACCGUCUCUCCCCGAAAGCAAUAAGCUACUACGCCUCCGGAACCGACGACGAAAUUACAAAAUCUGCCAAUGGGACAAUCUACAGAUCCAUCCUCCUCCGCCCGCGCGUCUUCGUCGACUGUUCGGCUUGCGAUCUCUCAACAACCAUCCUGGGAAACCAGGUCGGACUCCCGGUCUUCGUUGCGCCCGCGGCAAUGGCCAAGCUCGCGCACCCCUCGGGCGAAGCGGGGAUCGCGGCCGCCUGUUCGGCCUUCAAUGCGCUGCAGAUGAUCAGCAAGAACGCCUCAAUGUCCGUCCCCGACAUCGUGCGCGCGGGACCGGAGGCAGUCUUCGCGUGGCAGCUAUACGUCCUGAAGGACCUCGCAGCUACAGAACGAACACUGGCCAUGAUUCGGAAAAUCCCGCAGAUCAAAUUUCUAGUCCUUACGCUCGACGCGCCCUUUCCCGGGAAACGCGAAGCAGACGAGCGGUUCAAGGCCGCGGAAGUCGCGGCGGGGACGUCGGGUCCCCAGGUUUGGGGCACAGAGGCGGGACUCACGUGGGAAAAGACGCUCGCCUGGCUUCGGAAACAUACGGAUCUCCCCAUCGUGCUGAAAGGGGUCCAGACGUGGGAAGACGCGGCGAUGGCAGCGCGGUACUCCCCUGCUGUGCGCGGGGUCAUUCUCUCGAAUCACGGUGGGCGCGCGCUGGAUACGGCGACGACGCCUGUGCAGGUGCUUUUGGAGAUUAGGAAGUUUGUUCCGUGGGUCUUUGAGAACAUCGAGGUGCUUGUUGAUGGGGGGAUCAGACGGGGCACGGAUGUGGUCAAGGCGUUGGCGUUGGGGGCGAGGGGCGUCGGGAUUGGGAGGGCGGCGCUUUAUGGGUUGGGGGUUGGCGGGGAGGCGGGUGUGAAGCGGACCCUUGAGAUUCUUGCGGAUGAGAUUGCGACGGCUAUGAGGUUACUUGGGGUGAGGAAGGUUGGUGAUCUGGGGCCUCAGCAUGUGAAUACCGCUGUUUUGAAUCCAUUGGUCUACGAUGGGCCGGUUGAAGAGGGGUUGCUGGAGGAUGGAUUGAGGGCUAAGCUAUAGACACUGAUACAUAGACCCUACAACUUCGGUUAUCUAUUCGUUGUCUGAAGAAAUGUAAGCACGUUCGAUAUAAUAGAGUCUUGCCGUCCAGGCAGUAUCUUUGUACUUGAGACGCGGGGUACGGCAUUAGUACUGGAAAAUAGCGAAUGAUGUAUUCUGUAUUGAAG